CAGCGCCGGACCGCGCAGCUCCGGGACGCACAGGACCUCUGGUCAGGGUCAGCGCUCUGGGCCACCACUGCCCCGGUGCCCAGCAGGUACAGCGCCCCCACUACCACCCUAAGGCUAACCAUGGUGGAUGGGGCAUCGGGGAGGCCGGGACGGCCAGCGGGACUCUUGGCCUUCCGGGUUCGGGAAGGGAAAGCAGGCGGGAGGGGCAGGCUUUCCUUCCCGGUAGGAAGCUGAGAAGACCGCGGACGGUGUGUCCUUCCUCUGGACCGAGGUGUCCCUGUUGCUCCAUAAAUAAAGCGUCUGCCUGCCUUCUCUGCGCGCGCUAUAAAGGCGCGGACCUGCUGUCGCGGCCCGGGGAGGCGCGCGCAGCCGCAGCAGGUCAUGGCCGCAGCCGGCGCGAGGUCGCAGCCGCCGCCGCCCGCCGAGGGCAGCUACGCCGUGGCGCGGCCCGUGUACAGCGAGCUCCUCUUCCAGCAGCGGCACGAGCGGCGGCCGCGGGAGCGCAGCACGCUGCGGGACAGCCUGGCCCGGAGCUGCAGUUGUUCAAGAAGGAGAGCCCUUGGCGUGGUGAAGAGUCUCCUGCCGGUGCUGGACUGGCUCCCCAAAUACCGAAUCAAGGACUGGCUGCUCAGUGACAUCAUUUCGGGAGUUAGUACUGGGCUAGUGGGUACCCUGCAAGGGAUGGCCUAUGCUCUGUUAGCUGCGGUUCCUGUUGAAUUUGGGCUCUACUCUGCCUUUUUCCCAAUUCUGACAUACUUUAUCUUUGGAACAUCAAAGCACAUCUCAGUUGGCCCUUUUCCAGUGGUCAGUUUAAUGGUGGGAUCUGUUGUUCUAAGCAUGGCGCCCGACGAACACUUCAUCACGCCCAGCAGUAAUGGAAGUACACUGAAUACAACCGUGGCAGGUGCCAUCAUCAACACCGAGGCCAGAGAUGCAGAACGAGUACUGAUUGCAAGCACUCUUACUCUUUUGGUUGGAAUCAUACAGCUUGUAUUUGGAAGUCUGCAGAUUGGAUUCAUAGUGAGGUACCUGGCAGAUCCUUUGGUUGGUGGGUUUACAACGGCUGCUGCCUUCCAAGUGCUGGUCUCCCAGCUAAAGAUUGUCCUCAACGUUUCAACCAGAAACCAUAAUGGAGUCCUGUCUAUUAUCUAUACGCUGAUUGAGAUUUUCCAAAAUAUCGGUAACACCAACCUUGCAGAUUUCAUUGCUGGAUUACUUACCAUCGUCAUCUGUAUGGCAGUUAAGGAAUUAAAUGAUCGAUUUAAACACAAAAUCCCAGUCCCUAUUCCUAUAGAAGUAAUUGUGACAAUAAUUGCCACUGCCAUUUCAUAUGGAGCCAACUUGGAAAAAAAUUACAAUGCUGGAAUUGUUAAAUCCAUCCCAAGUGGGUUUUUGCCUCCCGUGCUUCCACCGGUGUCUAAGUUUUCCGAGAUGCUGACAGCAUCCUUUUCCAUUGCUGUGGUGGCUUACGCCAUUGCAGUGUCUGUGGGGAAAGUGUACGCCACCAAGCACGAUUACACCAUCGAUGGGAACCAGGAAUUCAUUGCCUUUGGGAUCAGCAACAUCUUUUCUGGAUUCUUCUCUUGUUUUGUGGCCACCACUGCCCUUUCCCGCACGGCUGUCCAGGAGAGCACUGGGGGAAAGACACAGAUCGCUGGCAUCAUUUCGGCUGGGAUUGUGAUGAUCGCCAUCGUUGCCCUGGGGAAGCUUCUGGAACCCUUGCAGAAGUCCGUCUUGGCCGCAGUUGUAAUUGCCAACCUGAAAGGGAUGUUCAUGCAGGUGUGCGAUGUCCCUCGUCUGUGGCGGCAGAAUAAGGUGGAUUCUGUCAUCUGGGUGUUUACAUGCAUCAUGUCCAUCAUUUUGGGACUGGACCUGGGUCUGCUAGCUGGCCUUUUAUUUGGAUUAUUGACUGUGGUCUUGAGAGUUCAGUUUCCUUCAUGGAAUGACCUUGGAAACAUCCCCACCACAGACAUCUACAAAAGUAUCAAGAAUUAUAAAAAUAUUGAUGAACUUCAAGGAGUGAAGAUUGUCAGAUUUUCUGGUCCUAUUUUUUAUGGCAAUGUUGAUGGUUUUAAAAAAUGUAUCAAGUCCACAGUUGGAUUUGAUGCCAUUAGAGUAUAUAACAAAAGGCUGAAAGCACUGAGGAGAAUUCAGAAACUCAUCAAAAAAGGACAAUUAAAGGCAACAAAGAAUGGCAUCAUAAGUGAUGGUGGUUCAAUGAAUAAUGCUUUUGAGGCUGAUGAAGACAUUGAAGAUCCAAAUGAACCUGAUGUCCCAACCAAAGAAAUUGAGUUUCAAGUGGACUGGAACGCUGAGCUUCCGGUCAAAGUGAAUGUUCCCAGAGUGCCCAUCCAUAGCCUCGUGCUUGACUGCGCAGCUGUAUCUUUCCUGGAUGUUGUUGGAGUGAGGUCUCUGCGCAUGAUCGUUAAAGAAUUCCAAAGAAUUGAUGUGAAUGUGUACUUUGCAUCCCUUCAAGAUCAUGUUAUCAAGCAGAUGGAGCAAUGUGGUUUCUUUGAUGAUAACAAUAGAAAAGACACAUUAUUUUUGACCGUUCAUGAUGUCAUAGUUUAUCUACAGAACCAGGUUAAAACCCAAGAAGGUCAAGAUUCCAUUUUAGAAAUGAUCACCCUCAUUCAAGAAAGCAAAGAUCCUCUUGAAUUAAUGGAAGAAAAGAUAACUCAGGAAGAACUUGAUGUCCAGGAGGAGGCUAUGCGUAGUCUGGCUUCCUGAAAGUGCACUCAGACCGAUGCAAGCAAGGAUUGCAAGAUGAAAUUCACCCGCUGACGACACUCUGUGCAAACAUUUUCUGCAUUGAUUAUUUCUGUGGACUUGAAAUGCUCAAUGUUUUUUCUAUUUCAUUUGAAAAUCUUUGAGUUUUAUGUGUCUUAGCCAGUGAACAAAAAAGCAUUAAGAUUAUUUUCAUGCUUUAUUUAUAAAAUCAAUAGCUUACCUCUAAAGCAUGUAGAAUGGUGAUGAGAGUUACCCAGGCAAAUUAGCAAUGUCCAGGAUCUUAUUCUGAUGUUAUGAUAUGCUGCUGGUCCCCCAAAGGCAGAUUUGCUGUCUUCACCAGGGUACUGGGGUAUCUCUGUUUAGUUGGAAGAAGCAUUGACCUGACAGUCUCUGAGGACAGGUGAGCCAGGAAGGGUUUAUCACAGGAAAAAUCAGCUUCUGACCGACCUUGAUAUCCAUGAGCCACACUAUCACAGUGGGUGGCCACAUUUAGUGAAUGCUGAAGUACUGUUAUUAAUGCACUUACCAAUACAAGCCUUAAGUCACUUUUGGUUUAAAAAAAAAAAAGCCAGUUUUAAGAAUGUAAGUUUAGUUAACACUUAAUAAUGAAGUGUUGAGCCACACAAGGAAGCAGAGGCCUGUAAUUUCAAUACUCUGGGAGGCUGAAGCAGGAGGAUCUCAAGCUGAAGGUCAGCCUAGGCAAAUCAGUGAGUUAGUGAGACCUGUCUCAAAAUAAUGAACUGCUGUUGUACGUGACCAGAUCAGGGUCUCUUAUACUGGACCCAGGACCUUCUCAGUGAGUUACAGCCCCACCUCUUUCCUUUUUUCCUCUGGGCUGAUGUAUUUUUUAAAAACAUGGAUGCAGACAAGGGAGGCAGAUAAGGAGAAUUGCAGAGUUUAUAGAAAUAACUUGUCAAUAUGAUAAUCAUGGAUCACAAUCAAUACAUACGACAGACUAGCUUAGAGAUACAGUUUAAAUUUAUCUUGCUCUAUAAAGAUGAUUCGGUUAAAAAUUAUUUAUCUUACAUACUCCUAAAUGUUUAGCAGUAUGUAAGAUAAAUAACUUUUAACUGAAUUGUCUAUAGUAGUCAAUAUUUAAAAUAAGCUUUUAAAGACAAAGCAUUCUAAAUGAACUUAAUAUCAAGAGAAAAAUUUGGCUUGGAAUUUACACACUGGAAAUAUAUACUUAUAAUAAUCAUAUUUUAAGCAAGAAAAUUUAACAUUAUACCUUAUCUUUAAUCUUUUCUGAGUACCAACCAUUUCUAGGUAUUUUGUCACACAUAUGCUUUGGUCUUGUGCACUAUUCCCAUAUAUUUUAUGUUAAUUUGUACUUCACUACCAGAGGAAAAUAAGUGCCCAGGUCUUUAGCUGAGACAGUGCCUUGCUUUAUUGAGAAUUGUACAUUUCUUUUUUUUUUUUUCUUUUUGUCUUUUUCAUUUUUAUCGGUACCGGGGAUCGAACUCACGACUGCCUGCUUGCAAGGCAAGCGCUUAUGUCGCUAAGCUAAAUCUCCAGCCCCUGAGAAUUAUACAUUUCUCUGGCACAGCUGUGUGAAAUCUCCAAAUGUAUUUGGCUAUCUGUUUUAUUUUUGGUGUCUUCUUAAAUAUAGUCAAAAACUAUGCAUCCACUUCUGAAGGAAGAAUGAUCAGUGAUUAUAUCAAAUUAAUUGAUCCUGAAAUCUGGUUAUAUCCAGUAAUGGUACAGCCAGGAUUAUAUGCCACUUUAUUUUCAUAGAGAUACCUGCUUAUAAUGGCAACCGAUCAUGUCUCUAGAGAGUGGAUGUAAUAAUCUUACAGAAAGUAGAUAGAUAUCUCUAUUCAAAAGAGAAAAUACACACAUUCAUUUUUAAAAGCUGAAAUACCAGAGUUCUUUUACAAUCAGAUGGAGCUUUAUAGAAUUUUGGGUCCAUUUGUGACCACAGAAGAUCACAGUUCGACUGUUUCACACGUAUGCCGGGAAUACUAUUUCUGUGAUACACUUUUUUUGACUAGUAACUCUACUUUUAAUUCUGUAUUGUCUAUGGAUAUUUUACUUGAAAUUCAAUGUUUUUAUUAUUUUUUAACCCAUAGGAUAAGAUUCUAGUAUUGUAUAUGAAUUUCAAUAGCAAGUGAAAAACUAAAAUCAUGUAUAUGUGGAAAUAUUUCCACAUAUUUUUUAUCAAUGUAAAGUUGCCUUUUGAGCUAUACGUCGAUGUGCCCCCUCUGAGAAAAAGUAUCAAAUGUAUGGAAAAUCCUGCGUUCCAAGUUUGCCAUUACUUUUAUCAGUCACCAUUUUGAUGUACUCUUACAGAUCCACUUCCAUCUGUCUGCACAUAACUUCUUUUGUAGACUUAACGAGUGCAGUAAACAAUGUUAUUCACAGAUCUCUUAAUUAAAUCUUGUAAUUUCUACCCAAA